GUUGCCGUAGAUCCUCCCCUGCUGACAGCCCUCAGAACCCCCUAACAGCGUUGGCCGUUUGUGGCUCACUCUGACUUCCGCCUUGGAAGUUUGGGAAGCGAGGGAGUUCGUCGGAGGGACAGGGCCUCGGAUUAGUGGAGGGCGAAAUUCCACGCCUGCUCAGGUUUCAAGGUGCCCACAGCACGGGCCUUCCAGUGACACUCGGCCCGCCAUUCCUAGGCACGGUCAUGCCUCGAGGUCAGAAGAGUAAGCUCCGUGCCCGUGAGAAACGCCAAAAGGCCCAAAGUGAGAGCCAGGGUCUCGCGGGAGCUCAGGCCACUGCAGCAGUGGUAGAGUCUCCCUCCUCCCCCUUGCCUGUUUCUGAGGGUGCUCCCCCGCGCCCCCCUGCAGCAGGUUCUCCCCAGAAGUCUCCCAGGGCCCGGUCCGCCAGCGGCCCUGCUGCAGCCAUUUCGGGCUCCAGUUCUGAUGAAGGUGCCAAGAGCCAAGGGGAGGAAAGCCCAGGUUUGUCCCACGCCCCGCCUUCCUCUGAAAGCGCUCUCAGAGAUCAUCUGAGCAAAGAGGCAGGCCUGUUGGUGCAAUUUCUGCUGCACAAGUAUAAAGUGAGAGAACCCAUUACAAAGGCAGAAAUGCUGCAGAUUAUCAGCGAAGAGCACCAGGAGCAAUUCCCCGAGAUCCUCCGGAAGACCACUGAGCGCAUGGAGCUGGUCUUUGGCCUUGACCUGAAGGAGGCUGACCCCAGCGGUCAGUCUUAUGCCUUUGUUAGGAAAGGGGAUCUUCCCGUCGAAGGGCGUCUGAGCGAUGGCGUGGGCUUUCCCAAGAAUGGGCUCCUGAUGCCCCUCCUGAGUGUGAUCUUCAUGAAUGACAACCGUGCCACCGAGGAGGAGAUGUGGGAAUUCCUGAAUGUGUUGGGGGUCUAUGCUGGGAGGAGGCACCCGCUCUUUGGGGAGCCCAGGAAGCUCAUCACCAGAGAUCUGGUGCAGGAAAAGUACCUAGAGUACCGCCAGGUGCCCGACAGUGAUCCUCCUCGCUAUGAGUUCCUGUGGGGUCCGAGGGCCCACGCUGAAACCAGCAAGAUGAAGGUCCUAGAGUUUUUGGCCAAAGCCAGCGAUACUGUCCCCAGUGCCUUCCAGGCCCAUUAUGAGGAGGCUCUGCGAGAUGAGGAAGAGAGAGCCCAGGCCAGAGCUGCGGCCACAGCUGCCGCCGGGGCCUCGUCCAGCAGCACUUCUCAGCCCUAGUGAAGUCCAAGACAGGGCCUUCACUUUGUAGUCGGGAAGUGCUGUCAACCUUAAAGCAGUGGGGAGUCAGGUGGAGCUGGAGACAGCAGAGUAUAGUUCUUCUUUGUGUUCCUGUUGUUUAGAAAUAGCAUACAGAUUUACCUCUUUGUUUCUUAGCUUUCCAGUGUGUUGUUUUUUAAAAAGUUGAUGUAAGUUCAGAACGUGUGUUUAUGAAUGACGUGGCUCGCAUAUGUAUUGCUGGUCACCACGUUUGAGAGUAACGGUUUUGUAUUUUGUAAGACAAAUUGAAAACCCUUGCAUCUUCUAUUUUGAUCCAGUACAAGAAACACAUAGCACUGGAAUAGGGAGUUUCAGUAAAAUGGAAGAGAACCCCACAGUGAAACAGUUGAGGCAACAAGAUAGUGAAAUAAAUAAAAAGUGGUUAAUUCUUGGUUUUUCUUAUUUCUUUCACUCUUUUGGUAAAAUUAAAAGGUAUAUACCUGGAUUUGCUUAGCUUUUCAAGAAUGUGGGAGAAAUCAGACUGUCGUAAAUUAGAAUUCUUGCUCACUAUCCC